AUGGGUUCCAACAUGGGAAUGGCCCCAGACCAGGUCCAGCUGAUCAAAGCGACCGUCCCGGUUCUGGUGGACCAUGGCAACACCAUCACCACUGUCUUCUACCGCAACAUGCUGGCGGCUCACCCAGAGCUGAACAGCGUCUUCAACACAGCUAACCAGGCCAAUGGCCACCAGCCGCGUGCACUCGCCGGUGCACUAUACGCAUAUGCCUCGCAUAUCGACGACCUCGGCGCACUGUCGUCUGCCGUCGAGCUGAUCUGCAACAAACAUGCCUCACUGUACAUAAAACCCGACGACUACAAGAUCGUGGGCAAGUACCUCCUCGAGGCCAUGGCCGAGGUUCUCGGGGCCGCCCUCACCCCAGAGAUCCAUGCUGCCUGGGCCGCAGCCUACUGGCAGCUGGCCGACCUGAUGAUCGGCCGCGAGAACCAGCUGUACCAGCAGAGCAACGGCUGGACCGAUUGGUUCGAGUUCAAGGUUGCGGAUAAGGUCAAGGAGUCGGAUGAGAUCACCUCCUUCUACCUUGCUCCAGCCGACGGCAAGCCUCUCCCGGCCUUCCGUCCGGGCCAGUAUAUCUCCGUACAGGUAUUCGUGCCGGACCUCAAAUACCCACAAGCCCGCCAGUAUUCGCUCAGCGACCAGCCUCGGCCGGACUACUACCGCAUCAGCGUCAAGAAAGAGAAGGGAGUCGACUCUGCUGCCCCGGACGCCACAGCCCAUGCGGGCUAUGUCUCGAAUCUCCUGCACGAUACAGUCAACAAAGGCGAUACGGUCAAGGUGUCGCACCCCUGUGGCGACUUCUUUCUUUCUGCAACAGACGAGCCCGCCCACCCGGUGGUACUUAUCUCCGCGGGUGUGGGGUUGACCCCGUUGACUUCAAUCUUCAACACAUUGACCUCCAAGCCAUCGUCGAACCGAAAACUGCAUUUCAUUCAUGGUGCCCGCAGCUCGAGCGUGCGCGCUUUCCAAGACCACAUCUCCUCGCUCACGAAACAAUACCCGAAUCUUCAAGCGACCUUCUUUACUAGUCAGCCUUCCGAGGAAGACACGCAAGGUGUCGACUACCACCAUGUCGGGCGUGUGAACUUGGAUAAGCUGGCUUCACAAAAGGACUUGUUCCUUGACAACUCCCAGACUGAGUAUUAUGUCUGUGGGCCUGAGAAAUUCAUGACAGAUAUGGAGUCCAGCCUCAAGUCGCAGGGGGUCAGUGCUGAUCGUAUCAAGAUGGAGCUAUUUGGGACUGGUGGUGUGCCGCAUUGA